GGCAGGGCAUCGAUCGCUACAAAUCUGUCGGUGGGGAAGGAGGCUUAGUUUUCGGGAGGCAUCCAGACUUCCAGAGAGAAUAUGCUUUUUGGGGAACAUGGAAAUCCAUGCAUCGAACUCCACGCAUCCACCGGCCGGAAAUGGGGAAGUGCCAAGUAAACACGAGUCUCUUUCUGACCCAGGGAACAGGGGUGUCAGGCGGUCCAUACGAGGCUGGCGGACAUGGCUGAGGAAAAGGAAUGUCGAUCCUCAACAAUCUGACCGCUCAGAGAGCGGUUGAUAAGCCUCAAUGCGAC